AUGUCAAAACGGGCGGCGACGUCGGAUGAGGAGGAUGGGAAGUCGAUGAAGAAACCCCGAUUCUCAAUAGCUAAUAUUCUUGAUGAGGUGGAUGAUGAAGAGGAGGAUGUUGAUGUUGAGGAUGACGUGGAAAUUGAAAUCAAAACUCCCGAGAAGACGUGUAGAGGAAGACCAAAGAUAGGAGCUAAAAUGAAGGAAGGUAACAUUCCGAUAGAAUGCAAACUGGAAGGAUCAGAGUUAUGGGCAAAGUUUUUCGAUUUGGGAACCGAGAUGAUUAUUACAAAGAGUGGAAGGAGGAUGUUCCCAACGGUCAAGGUAUCCUUCUCCAACGUCCUCUUAGAUACUCUAUACUACAUUUUCCUUGAUGUGGUACCAGUGGACUCAAAACGAUACCGUUACAUCUACAACAAAUCAGCAUGGUUGACUGCUGGAAAAGCGGAGCCGGUGCCCAAGAAUCGGUACUACCUUCACCCGGAUUCUCCAUUCACAGGAGAUCAGCUUCUGAAGCAUGUGAUAUCGUUUGAGAAGACAAAAUUGACAAACAACGAGGUGGAUAAGACGGGACAUCUGAUCCUCAACUCUAUGCACAAGUACCAACCACGUAUUCACAUCGUCCAACGACCAAAAUCCAGUCCACUGGACCACAAUAAAUUUGUGAUGGCUGACGAGCAACACUGCACCUAUACAUUCCCUGAAACGCAAUUCAUGGCAGUCACUGCUUACCAAAAUCAAUUGAUAACGAAGCUGAAAAUCGAGAAGAAUCCAUUCGCCAAGGGAUUUCGGGAUCCAACUGGCAGGUCUCCAGAUGAAAUGGAACGCAAUCCGGGAGACCUCUCUCCCAUGAUGCUCUCCAACUUCUACCACUCAUCCGCCCUUCAACAAGCCAUGUUCCAGCAGUGUCUCUCGAAAAUCCAAAUGAAUCCAUCCAUCAUGAUGCUAUAUCAGAACGUGUUCCCCGGUGCACCAGGCAUGCCCACCCCAGUGACACCUACUGUAUCAAACCCCGAGAUUUCUUUAAAGUCAGAAUGA